GGUUAAGCUAGUCCUCGGCUCGCUCCUCCCCGCCUCCCUCCUCCUCCUCCUCCUCCCCGGCGUCCCCCCGCCUUUCCCCCCGGUGGGUGCCGCCUCCGGUUCCCGGCGUGUAGGAGUACAACUCUGCCUCUCCAAGGAGACCGGCUUGGGAGCACCGAACAGAACUUGUCCACGGAGAGCAACCCCGGAGCAGCUGGAGAAUGUCCACCCCGAGCAGAUUCAAAAAGGACAAAGAGAUCAUAGCCGAGUAUGAAAGUCAAGUCAAAGAAAUUCGAGCUCAACUUGUAGAACAACAAAAAUGCCUGGAACAGCAAACGGAGAUGCGAGUCCAGCUUCUCCAGGACCUGCAAGAUUUCUUCCGAAAAAAAGCUGAAAUUGAGACGGAAUAUUCUCGGAACCUAGAGAAGUUAGCAGAAAGGUUCAUGGCAAAAACAAGAAGCACUAAGGAUCACCAACAGUACAAGAAAGACCAGAACCUGCUGUCUCCCGUGAACUGCUGGUAUCUGCUCCUGAACCAAGUGAGGCGAGAGAGCAAGGACCACGCCACCCUGAGUGACAUCUACCUGAACAAUGUGAUCACCCGGUUCACACAGAUCAGCGAGGACUCCACACGGAUGUUCAAGAAGAGCAAAGAGAUUGCAUUCCAACUUCACGAGGAUUUAAUGAAGGUUCUUAAUGAGCUGUAUACGGUGAUGAAAACAUACCACAUGUAUCACGCAGAGAGCAUCAGUGCAGAGAGCAAGUUGAAAGAGGCCGAGAAACAGGAGGAAAAGCAAAUCGGGAGGUCUGGGGACCCUGUGCUCCACAUGAGGCUGGAGGAGAGACAUCAGCGGCGCAGCUCCGUGAAGAAGAUGGAGAAGAUGAAGGAGAAGAGACAAGCAAAAUAUUCAGAAAAUAAGCUCAAAUCAAUCAAGGCACGUAACGAGUAUCUUCUGACACUGGAAGCGACCAACGCCUCAGUUUUCAAGUAUUACAUUCAUGAUCUCUCAGACCUAAUCGAUUGCUGUGAUCUUGGCUACCAUGCAAGUCUGAACAGAGCCCUGAGAACGUACCUCUCUGCAGAGUAUAACCUUGAAACCUCCAGGCACGAGGGCUUAGACAUUAUUGAGAACGCCGUGGACAACUUGGAGCCCAGGAGUGAUAAGCAGCGGUUCAUGGAGAUGUGCCCGGCCGCUUUCUGUCCCCCAGUGAAGUUUGAGUUCCAGUCUCACAUGGGUGAUGAGGUGUGCCAGGUCAGCGCCCAGCAGCCCGUCCAGGCAGAGCUGAUGCUCAGGUACCAGCAGCUGCAGUCCCGCCUCACCACUCUACGCAUUGAGAAUGAGGAGGUGAAGAAAACAACUGAAGCCACCUUGCAGACGAUACAAGACAUGGUCACCAUCGAGGACUAUGACGUUUCUGAGUGCUUCCAGCAUAGCCGCUCCACGGAGUCCGUGAAGUCCACAGUCUCCGAGACCUACCUGAGCAAGCCCAGCAUCGCCAAGAGGAGAGCAAACCAGCAGGAGACCGAGGAGUUCUACUUCACGAAACUCAGAGAAUAUUUGGAAGGUAGUAAUCUCAUCACAAAGCUUCAAGCCAAACACGACUUGUUGCAGAGGAGCCUUGGAGAAGGUCACAGAGCAGAGUAUAUGACUACGAGGCCUCCAAAUGUUCCCCCUAAGCCCCAGAAACACAGGAAGUCCAGGCCCCGCUCACAGUAUAAUGCUAAGUUGUUUAAUGGGGAUUUGGAGACAUUCGUCAAGGACUCGGGGCAGGUCAUCCCCCUCAUCGUGGAAAGCUGUAUUCAGUUCAUCAAUCUCUAUGGUCUUCAGCAUCAGGGAAUUUUCAGAGUCUCGGGGUCCCAGGUGGAAGUCAAUGACAUUAAAAAUUCAUUCGAGAGAGGUGAAAAUCCUUUGGCUGAUGACCAGAGUAACCAUGAUAUUAACUCAGUUGCUGGCGUUCUAAAGCUCUAUUUCCGUGGGCUGGAAAACCCCCUCUUUCCUAAGGAAAGAUUUAAUGAUCUGAUUUCUUGUAUCAGAGUGGAUAAUCUCUAUGAGAGGGCGCUGCACAUACGCAAACUCCUCCUGACCUUGCCCCGGUCCGUCCUGACAGUGAUGAGGUACCUCUUCGCCUUCCUCAACCACCUUUCCCAGUAUAGUGAUGAGAACAUGAUGGACCCUUAUAACCUGGCCAUUUGCUUUGGCCCAACAUUGAUGCCUGUCCCAGAAACACAGGACCAAGUGUCUUGCCAGGCUCAUGUGAAUGAAAUUGUCAAAACCAUCAUUAUCCACCACGAGACUAUUUUUCCAGAUGCAAAAGAGCUGGAUGGCCCUGUCUAUGAGAAAUGCAUGGCUGGUGAUGACUACUGCGACAGCCCAUACAGUGAACAUGGUACCUUGGAGGAAGUGGACCAGGAUGCCGGGACAGAGCCCCACACCAGCGAGGACGAAUGUGAGCCAAUAGAAGCAAUAGCCAAGUUUGACUAUGUCGGGCGGUCAGCCAGAGAACUGUCCUUCAAGAAGGGCGCCUCCCUGCUGCUGUAUCACCGCGCGUCCGAGGACUGGUGGGAAGGGAGGCACAACGGCAUUGACGGGCUGGUGCCCCACCAGUACAUCGUGGUGCAGGACAUGGAUGAUACAUUCUCAGACACUCUGAGCCAGAAAGCUGACAGUGAGACCAGCAGUGGGCCAGUCACUGAGGACAAGUCCUCAUCCAAGGACAUGAGCUCCCCGACAGACCGUCAUUCUGAUGGGUAUUUAGCCAGACAAAGAAAAAGAGGAGAACCGCCCCCUCCAGUGCGGCGUCCUGGCAGGACCAGUGACAGCCACUGCCCUCUUCACCCCCCUCACGCCCUUUCCAACUCCUCAGUUGACCUGGGGCCCCCGAGCCUGGCCAGUCACCCACGGGGCCUGCUCCAGAACCGUGGCCUCAACAGCGACAGUCCUGAGAGGAGGCGCCGGCCCGGCCACGGCAGCCUGACCAACAUCAGCCGGCAUGACUCGCUCAAGAAGAUGGACAGCCCUCCCAUUAGGAGGUCCACAUCGUCAGGGCAGUACACAGGCUUCAGCGACCACAAGCCACUGGAUCCAGAGACAAUUGCUCAGGAUAUUGAGGAGACGAUGAACACGGCUUUGAGUGAACUGCGAGAGCUGGAGAGGCAGAGCACGGCCAAGCACGCCCCCGACGUGGUGCUGGACACCCUGGAGCAAGUGAAAAACGCGCCUGCCCCUGCCAUCUCCUCGGAGGCUCUCAGCCCCUUGCACAACGCUGCCCUCAGGGGCUCCGAGCCUCAGAUCCGACGGAGCACCAGCUCCUCCAGUGACACGAUGAGCACUUUUAAGCCCAUGGUGGCACCCCGGAUGGGCGUGCAGCUGAAGCCGCCCGCACUGAGGCCGAAACCUGCUGUUCUUCCAAAAACAAACCCCACCGUAGGACCUGCCCCGCCUUCUCAGGGCCCCACAGACAAGUCUUGUACAAUGUGAAACCAGCUGAGCAAAGUCACAAAGGGAAGAGGGUUAAAGAAGAAAACAGAUUAGUGACGGAAGUCAACAACCCAAAACGUUCCCUAGUUCUGUGCUGUAACUGGAGAGCUCUGGCUUUUCUGUGUUGUCGAAUGUGAUGUCAGAGCCUGGCUAAAUUAACACGGGCAUUUGUAUUUUGUAAUUUUUUUAAUAAUGGGACAUAUCUUAUGUAAUUUUAAAGACAAUAGAAACAUUUAGACUUACUUGAAAACCCAGUGCCGCCCACUUGCAGCCAAGGCUGCGCUGUGCCACGGCAGACUCAGUGUGCGGAGGUCAGAAGGCCGCGGCCAAGGCAGGUGAACCCGACUCCAGGUCUCACUGGUCUCAUGACAGGAGCUGAUCUGGGCACUUGGGGUGAUGACUGAAAAGCGAUCAUGACAUUUCUUGGUAGCUGACAGUGAGCGCCUCCAACUCCGUGAAGAGCAGACAUCAGCUCCUGUCACUGUGGGGGGUUCCCAGUGGAGCCUCAGCCCGCAGCCGUCACUUCCCUGGUCCAGGUGAAAGCCUCCUGGAAGGGUGGAGCCUCCGCCAUCACUGCCUGAGCUAGACCCAGGGAAGGGGAGGGAGACCCCUCCAAAGCUGCCGAUGUUGCUCCUCCGUGAGGUUUCCAAGUCCCUCCCCUGCCUUUACAAAAGACAAGAACAGUCUCGUUUUAAAGACUUGCUGGUUAUGCUACUCCACAAACCCCUCCCAAGAUUUGUUGUUCGAUAACUGCCUGGAAAAUAUUUCUGUGUCCCCCCACCCCAAUCCCUCCAUUCUCCCUUGUGGAAACAGAAAGCAGGUGCACCCAAGGCCUUGGUCCAUCCACGUUCUCUUCUAAGUCACCUUGGCUCCGUUAAACAUGCUACAAAGGCCCAGUGACCCUAAAUUUGAAACUCCAGUGUCACCUCCACUCAUCUGUGAGCCACCAACCAGAGCUGGCUGUGGUACCUGAGUAACAGCUCUGCCGGGCCAGUGUGACCUUGUUGUUCCAGAAGGAUUUCCCCUCAGUUUUCCACGUGACUUCCUUUCUCUUUCCUUCUUUCCUUUUCUUUCUCUCUCUCCCUCCCUCUCUCUCCCACUUUCUCUCUCUCUUGUUUCUCUUUAUAUAGUUAACUCUCAGAGACCGUCUUUCUCUGGUAUCCUGGCACACAGAUACAUAUAAUUUUUCUUUGGCCCAUAUUUAUUCUAUAUUUUCCCUUUAUCUUAAACAUUUUGCCUUGAAUUCAGUUGUUUUCACUAAGGUACAGAUUACCAUUGCCCUGUCAGCAGCGCAUGACAUCACCUCUAGACCCGGGAGGUGUCUAAAGCAUUUUACCUGCUUUACCCUUGAACUUACUGAUGAGAAGUUGGUUUGCUUGUUUGUUUGUUUGUUUU